AUGCAUAAAAAAUUCCUACAAAUGACAGACCAUAUUGCAAUCUAUAAAAUCAUUGUGCUAUGCAUGGUAUGCAGCUGCAUACGUUCUAGUAUGUUUGCCGCAAGUAAUGAAUACAAUAGUUCCAAUGAAGUAAUGGAUGAAGAGUGGAUGAGAAAUAUAGAUAUAAAAGAUCUGUACAGUGCUAUACCUACCGAGCAUUACAACAGUGCGGUCCAACUAGAACACACAAGUGACAUGUAUGAUCUGGGAGAUCUAGAUGACUUGUAUCUUUUAGAAGGAAUCCCAGAAUCAGCCCACACAAGCAACUCCUACUAUCCAUAUGAUCUAUUUAACAUGGACACUAUAAACCAAGCAGAAAAUUUAGGUCUUUUUUUAGAAGGCAUCCCAGAAUCAGAAAAUACAAGCAACUCCUACUAUCCAUGUGAUCUAUUUAACUUGGACACUACAAACCAAGCAGAAAAUUUAGGCCUUUUAGAAGGCAUCCCAGAAUCAGAAAAUAUAGAUGGUAGAUAUUACAUGCUAUGUCCGCCAAACCCGAAUAAUGGAAAUCAAAAAGAUAACAUAGUUUAUAUAUUCUAUAGAGAUAUCGAUGGGCACACAUUCUAUAUAAAUAGUGCAGAGUGCAAAAUAUACAUAUACCCCACUGGAGAUAUGGCCUAUAUCGAAGAUAUAUUUUAUAUGGUAUAUAGAGAUAGUUUGAACAAUCUUGUCUAUAUAAAUAGUUCUGUAGGCCCUUCUACUUUUAACAUUGAAGAUACAUCUAAAGAUGAAUCAAGCAACCAAGGAGAAAUCUUAUUUAAUAGUCUAACUAGAGAAGCUCCGUUAAAGCGCCUAGCAGAGUCUACUUCAAGUGGGUCAGAUGAUAAUCCAAGUGCGAAAAAAUGCAAAAAUACAGAAGUUGUGGAAGAAAGUCAUAAAUCUGCCAAAUUAGAAGCAUUCGAUAUAACGACAAACUAUAUAGAUAGUUUUGAAUCUUUUCAACACUAUAGAUAUAUGGCUCAUAGAGACACAACGAGAGAUAAACCCCAUGGAUUUUCAUACUGGUUUCCUAACCGUAGCAUAAAUAAUGAAAGUAUAUCAUGCAAAUGUGGUAUUGGGAUAGACUACAAAAAUGAAAUGAUGUUUUGGCACUUUUUAACUAGCUCACAUCAUAACUCUCUAGCUGAAAAGAUUGACUGCAUUAUUAGUUUAAGUAAUGCAAGGAGAGAUGCUGAGCAUAUCCCUAGCAGCCAGAUAUUCUAUCAUUAUUAUUUCUUUUUAAAGGACUUAAAAAAAUACAUAGAAAGUCACAUAAAUAUAAAGCACAUCCGGGCAAAAUACAACUACAGAGAUGGCAGUAAGAACAAUAUAUGCUCUAGGUCUAAAAUAGAGCCAGAGACACUUGGAGAAAUAUAUGAAGAGACCCAAACAGAUCUAAAAUGGUGGGUCAAUAGCAUGUCUGUUAUCACCGAAAAAACUGAGGAAAUUAAGAGUGCAGGAUCUGCAGAUGCACCACUAAAAGAAAAGCUGCACUUUAUUCUAAAGCUACCAGAAAUACUCAGAGACCUGGUUCUGAUAACCCCCGAGAUACUAUCAAAGACAAUGGAAGAAAUGAAAAGAACAUCUGAUUCAGAGGCUAGCAGGUUUUUCUGCAUUAUAGAGUACCUAUAUUACUUAGCGAAUGGUGAUUCGGAUGGAAUGAACACAGCAUAUAAGAAAGUUCAAAAGCUAUCUGUGAAUAGAAAACCUAUAAAUAGCCAGAGUACUAUGAUGGUGUAUGGUCUUGUUUAUAAUUUAUUUUGUUUUUUCUACCAAUGUGCGCCAUUUACAUGUGUAACUGAUGUUAAGAGUAAAGAAGGCAAAUCCCUACACAGAGAAACCCAUAUUAAAAAUAUUUUCCAAACCCACUGCCCAUACAUACCAAAGAAUGGAGUUUUCAGACUAUGUGGAAAAAGAGCAAUUGUAGAGGCAAGGAUCAAUAAAUAUACAGAAAACAAAGAGAUAUUUAUGCUAGACCAGUCUAUAGAUCAAGCUAUUGAAACUGUAAAAGUGGUUGACUCUUUUAGCUUGGAAGGUCUAGAAAAUGUAAAAUCUUUAAAGAUAGUGCACAGUGAUCACUACCAUGUGCAGCUAGUUGACAACAUACGCCACACAGUAAAACUCAUUCCUAUUCCAUAUCCCUAUUGUGAAAAUUACAAUUCUAGUGAUGAAUCUAUACAAAGGAAAACUCAUUCAAUUCGAUAUAUAGUAGAGUACAUAAAAUCUGUACUGAAGUCAACCUAUCCAGAAAAGAAUUCAGAGUUUAAUAUCUAUCCAUUUAAGUAUAGUAGAAAUAGUGGAAUAUGGUCAUUAAUAGAUGGGAAUUGCAAUUGGUAUAGGAAGAGAGAAUUAGAUCUAGCUCUAAGUACAGUGAAUAGCCAUAAAUAUGAUGUAGUCUUUUACUACUUUGAAGAUAAUAUAACCAAAAAUUAUUUUAGAUGUAUAGAUUUCCAAAUCUCAGUUGGCUCGAGUCUUGAAACUCCUCGAAUUCCUUUAUUUCUUACAAACUUUAUGCUGAUAAGUGCUAUAAUUAGUCCGUAUAUAUUUUUUGGUGAAACAUGUAUUAAAACCGAAAUAAUUAAAAAUUAUGCCACUGAGAAAAAAAGUAUUGAACCUACUAAAAUGACUAUCGAUACAGCUGCAACCAGCCAGAGCUCAUCUUCCGCAUCACCAAGCAACAAUGAAUCUCAACCAAAAAGAAGCUACAUUAAUUACUACUACAGUGACUUUUUGGUUCGAGAUAUAAAUGACUACAUAUUUUGCACUACAGAAUGCUUUGUUACAGAUAUCUCACUUAAUUUAUCAGAAAUAACAGGUGAGCUAUCUACAGUUUGGUAUACACAGAUAAAGAGAAGCGUGCGUGAGUAUACAAACUACUGUUUUAGUAUAAGUACAGCUCAGAACAUUCAGAGCGAUAAUCAGUCACAAUCUAAAAAAGAAGUAGUCCUAACAUUCCUGAAUCUAUUACAGCGCGAGAGUUCAUCGGGUGACAAAGUCACAUACGGUCUGUGCAUCUAUACAUCUUUGGAAGGCAACGAAGUUGCUGUUCCAAUUAUGUGCGAGAAAAUGCGAAGGCUUUUGGGUGCUAACAUUGAUGAUGACCUUAAGUCCAAGCAUGCAAAUUGGGAAAGUAACAUUCUUCCUCCACGAGUUGAUAUUAAAGAUAUAAAAGAGGAUGCUCCUGUUUUUAUCACGGUAAAAACCUUUAGCUACACGCAGGCAAACCUUGGAAUGCACUAUGACAUGCUAGCUGCUCUCUUUCAUAACAAUAAUUCUGCACCAGAACUAACAUCAGAACCCGCACCAGCACUAAAAAAACUAACAACACCAGAACCAAAGACCGCUACUAGAAAGUCUCCUAGAGCGACUAGAGCUAGAGUUGUUUACACCGAGUAG